AAGCGCGAUCGCCGUCUUUACUCAGGUCAUAAACAGGCUUGACAGAAAUUGUAUUUUUUUUUCCCAUUUUUCCUUUAAAUGAAAGCAAUGUGGGAAUUCACAUUCACAGUAGGCCUAGAGGACAAGGCAAUUAGGCAACUGUGAAUAAUUCGUUCUGACAGUAUUAUUUGUGUGUUAAGCUAGUGAUGAGUUGUGAAUUAUUUUGUAAAUGACAUGCCAAACCCACUGGCAGACAUAUAUUCGGCAACUGUUGCUCAACAUGAAGAAAACAUCAUGUCAUAUAAUGUUGGAUUGCAAUCCAUUUAACUUCUCUGCUUGGCAUCCCCUCCCCUCUGUCUCCCACGCUUUGCAAGAACAUAACGCAAAUGACAGUUACACAAGCGCUCAAUUAUGUCCAGAUGCAUAAUGUUUUGCUUAUCCGACCCUCAGUCAAAUCAAGGUUUUAAAGUCUGGUUUUACCAAUUAGAAUGGCCCAAGACAGUGUCAGGGACUCCCAUCAGUGUGAGUCAAGGGAUACCUGGGGGAACAUGCUGUUGUGAUGGCCUACAUGGCUUUCUAUCUCUUUCCCUCCUCAUUCAUUCUCCUAAUCUCUGAACCAGGUUUCUCAUGUCAAAGGUUGUUCUAUUUUUGUGUGUGAAGGAAUUGCUAUUGUGAUUCCAUCUUAUUUGUGUGAGGUAACUUAUACCAUUGUAUUUUGUUCAUUUAACCACUAGAUGUCACAUGGUAGCCUUUUUCUGUAUUUUGCAGAAAACCUAGCAUCCCAUAUCAGAGUACUGUAUGCCCAUGUAUGACAUUUAGUGAUGUUUGGCAGGGUAUGUAAAUCAGUGUCCACUGAUUCUUUUUUUCCCCGUCACUUGAAUAUCCUGUGUAAAAAUAGGGGAAGGGUGUAAAUACUACCACUGCACAAUAGUAGCAGUAUUUUUGCAUUGUCUAUGUAUUUGAAGUAACACCGCUACAAUGGAAAAAAUUGAUUUCUCACAUUCCUUUUUCUUGAAAGUUUUCCACACAGUAUAUAUGAUCUACAUUUAACCCUAUACCGGAAAUAUAUCCAUGCAUAGAUCUAUGCAAUCCCCUGUUGUGACCCCUGGACCAUAUGAUGCUUGAGGUGCAAUUUUCUCAACCUGGAUGCUGCCAUAGUCAAAUAACCCUGACCAGGCCACAACCUUGAGUCUAUUAGUCGUACAUUAAUAUGUUCAAAUAUUUAAAUGAUUUAAGGCCUUUUCACGUUUAUUAUCAGACCGAGGGAUAUGUCACACAACCAAAGUAAUGAGGAAAAUUGUGCAAUAUCAAUAGACUACAUUAAUGAAUUCUUUCAGCAAAUCACCACACAGCCUACUUGUACACCUGGAAAUCAGAAUGGAUGAAGAAGGUGCAUAACGUUUUUCAGAGAAACUAUUCUGCAUUAAAGAACAUGGAUUGUAAAUUCUUUCUACAAGUCCCACAUGAAACAUGGGCUUUGUUUUGCUUUAUGCAAGAAGCAUUGCAAGGGCGCAUUGUUUACCCUAUAAGUGCUGAAAAUGAUUGAUGUUGCUAUUUCAAAUAAACAUUUCCAUGGCUGCUGAGUAACAUAACUUGGUGUGUAUUUAUAUUCCCUGACAAAAUAAAUGCUUAAAAGAGGUCUGGACCUGUUCAGACAUCUGUGGACUGACUGGUAAAUCAAACUGACCGUAAAAGCGGGCAUGGCAAAAUCAUGCCAUCAUCUCGUUUUAAAAAGAAUUACUUAACACCCUGAAUUUACACACCGCGCAGUAGACGUAAACAAGGUCGUGUGUGUGUGUAUUUUUUUAUUUUUUUUACAUAACAUUACACUGCGAAAGACUGGUGACUUCCAUCUGCCUUUCUACUGAUACGACAGAUGUUUGUCCACCCCUAAUAAAAGAGAGAAUUCACUGGUGAUGACAAAUAGGCUGGAAAGCAAGACGUGUAUAUCAACCUAGUGUCCGGAUUCUACUGCACGGGAACGAACGGGUGCGAACACGAGUGGCCUGUCAUCUCCGCCUCUUUUGACUGGAAAAGGGGUCGUGGUAAUAAUGAGAGUGGCAGUGCACUGGCAGAAGUCGAUUUAAAAGCAGCUUAUGCGUGUGUACCAGUCUACUAGUAGACAUUGUCAUGCAGUCUACUUGCCGAAAUUUACACUUACAAAUCUACGAAGUACGUAAUUCCAGAAGAAGUUUUGCCUGAGACGACAAGUUUAACACAGCUUAUUUCCAGCGAUGAGACGGUUGUUUUAUAUUGGAGCUGCAAGAGAGUCUGUUUUAUUUGAAUGGGGGAUUUCCAACUACUUAUGCCCGGCUUAUUAGGCAAGGAGACACAUAAUACGCACAACUGUCGACGCAUGGAGAUGAAGAUGGACUCUAUGUAAUUUCAUAUCCAGCUGUGAUUCUUGUUCUUCCUUUUUCUUAUCACAAUUUAACACAUUAUCACAAGAUGCAGGUGGUUGUGUUUGCUACAGUUUUACUUUACAUCAAGGAUUUUGUUGAAGCAGAGCCUAAAACCAAGUGCCCUGCGCGGUGCGAUGUAAGCACUUGUCCCAGCCCAAGCUGCCCAAGCGGGUACGUCCCGGACCGAUGCAACUGUUGCCUAGUUUGCGCACAGGGCGAAGCAGACGCCUGCGGGCGCAAAGAAGACCUGCCCUGCGGGGACGGGUUAGAGUGCAAGCACCCAUCGGGCAAGCGCCUCUUGAAGGGCGUGUGCCAGUGCCGAUUCAGUAGCAAGGUAUGCGGCAGCGAUGGGAAGACGUACGGGAAUGUGUGUCAACUGAAGGCGGUGAGCCGCAAGGCUCUGCAACAGGGACUCGCCGGCAUCACUCAAGCGCAUAAAGGCCCCUGUGAAACUGACAUAGGUCCAUUGCAUCCCAACAGUCCUCGGUACAAGUUUAACUUCAUCGCUGACGUGGUGGAGAAGAUCGCUCCCGCCGUGGUUCACAUUGAGCUGUUCCUCAGACACCCUCUGUUUGGCCGGAGGGUUCCACUAUCGAGCGGCUCUGGGUUUGUCAUGCUCGACACGGGCCUGAUCAUCACCAACGCCCACGUGGUCUCCAGCACCACGCCCGUGUCCGGAACCCAGGAGCUCAAGGUCCAGAUGCACGACGGCAAGGUGUACGAGGCCACCAUCAAAGACAUCGACAAGAAGUCUGACAUCGCCACCAUUAAAAUCAAUCCCCAGAAAAAGUUGCCAGUGCUGUUGUUGGGUCUCUCCUCAGACUUGCGCCCUGGUGAGUUUGUUGUUGCCAUCGGCAGCCCCUUCGCCCUGCAGAACACCGUCACCACGGGGAUCGUCAGCACGGCGCAGAGGGAUGGGAAGGAGCUGGGCAUCCGUGACUCCGACAUGGACUAUAUCCAAACAGAUGCCAUCAUCAACUAUGGGAAUUCAGGUGGACCUCUGGUAAAUUUGGAUGGGGAGGUGAUUGGAAUCAAUACCUUGAAAGUGGCAGCUGGCAUCUCGUUUGCCAUUCCUUCAGAUAGGUUAACACGCUUCAUCAACGAAUCCCACGGAAAACAAAACAAAGAAAUCCGAAGCGUGAAGAAGCGUUUCAUUGGAAUCCGCAUGCUGACCAUCACACCAGCUCUGGUCGAGGAACUAAAGCAACAGAACCCCGAUUUCCCUGAAGUCAGCAGUGGGAUCUACGUCCACGAGGUGGUCCCUAACUCCCCUGCUCAGAAAGGAGGCAUCAGAGAUGGUGACAUCAUCGUGAAGCUGAACGGCAGGCCCCUCUUGACGACCUCCGACCUUAAAGAGGCGCUGAUGGAAGAGACGGCCCUGCUGCUGGAGGUCCGCCGCGGCAACGACGACUUGCUCUUCAACAUCGAGCCCGACGUCAUCAUGCACUGAGCAACUGAUGACGCGGCGGAGAAGGAGCUCGCGGAGAAGGAGCUCACGGCAUAACUCGACGUCAGACUCAGACACCAAGACUGAGGAGAAGUGACGUGAAGCUGUCUUGACAGUGAAGACGAAGCUGCCUUAAGGCCUGAGCUUGUGGCCAGCCCUUAAGCCUUAUUAAUGAACAGCUUGAAUGUACAGCAGGCCAGUUAGUAACCAAGGCGCUAUACAGUCCAUGACAACGGCCUCCUUGGGUUUUGAUUCAGUUCAGAUUGUUCAGAUUUGUGUUUUUUUUUCUCUUGAUAAUUGUUACGAUGUACUGUAGCUCUUCCAAUUUUGACAUGCCUUCUUCAAUGGGCAGCAGGUGUUACGACACAAAGCAAUGUAUCACAACAGUUUACAGUAUCAAGAUAUUUUAACACUGACCUUUUGCUUGGGGCUGAUAAAGCACUUGGUUUCUCAAAAAGCAGAUAUGUUUUUUUGCUUGGUAGAGACUACACCCAACAUGUCUUUGUUUGAUCUAAGAGGACAUUAGAAAACUUCUAGCCUUUAGCCUUAAGCCUCUAUAGGCAACAGUCUGCAUAUCACCAAAAUACACUCCAUGCAAUACUAGCACAAGUCACUGGCUUGGUGUUUAGCUAAACUCCAAGUGUGACACCGAUAACAAAUGUGAACAAAUGGGAAAGUCAACAAAUGAGGGAGGAUGCGAGUAAGAGCUGGUUAUUUCUCUUCGGUUAGAGAAAGCGGGACCAAAGCAUUGUAUGUUUUUUUGUUUGUUUGUUGUUUUGUUUGAUGAUCUGGGCUGUGGUUUUGUUUAAAUUUCAUUAGUGCCGUUGGUAUGAUCAGCUGGUUAGUACUUUUAAAAAUACAAAUAAAUAUUUUGAACCUUUGUGUUGGAGCUUCAUUAUCACUCAUGGGUCAACAUGUAUUUAGAGCUGAAAGUAACUUCAAUAAUCAUGUUUGUUUGUAUUUUUUUGUUUGUUUUGUUGUAAUUUUUGAUUUGAAAAGUUUUCUUCUAUGUUUUCCAAUUCUAAAUUGGAAUGGGAGGGAAAGGAGAAUUCAUGAAGGCUGGCCCUGAUUCUGAUCAGGCAUCUCACAGAACUGAUUUCCUUUUUUACACUGUGGUUGAAACGGUCACCUGGAGCUAUGUACGAUUUACAGACCAAGCUAAAACCCAAUUCAAAUUGUGUAUCCACCUGAAUGUAUACUAUUUCUGCAUAAUAAACACGGUGGUGUGCUGGUUUUUGACUUUC